AUGCGCAAAUGUCGUCCAUUGCAGAUUUGUCACAAAACAGUUGAUCUGUUACGAGAAUGUGGCACAUUAGAGUACAUUCAUGAUCCGGAUGGUGUUGCUAUAUUUGGUGAUCUGCAUGGUAGUUUAUAUGAUUUAUUUAGAGGAAUAAAGGAUGCCGGUUGGCCCACCGAAAGAACAUUAAUUUUUCUUGGAGAUUACAUUGAUCGCGGGAAGCAUUCUCUCGAGAUGGUUUUAUUACUUUUCUUAUUGAAAUUACGCUAUCCAAAACGAAUGUACAUGCUGCGUGGUAAUCAUGAAACAAUGAGUCAAUGUUAUGCAAAUGAGGAUGAAGAAAAUGGAUUAAUUCGAAAUAUUGAGCGCUGUUAUCCGAAUGCUGAUAGGAAUUUGAUACUAUAUAAUAUCAAUUUUGUUUUUGAUCAUUUACCACUUGCUGCCAUUUUAUCAGAUCAAAUAUUACUUUGUCAUGGUGGUAUCUCACAGUUUAUUAAAUCGAGAGAAGAUAUUGCUCAGAUACCACGUCCAUUAACAUGGCUUGCACCAGAAACAAAUGUUUUUCAUAUAAGCAUUAUGACAGAUAUUCUAUGGGCUGAUCCAUCUAGACAAAUAACAUCAAAAUAUUCACCUUCUGAACGUGGUGCAUCAUAUUUCUUCAAUCGAAGAGCACUGAAAGAGAAACUACGAGAAUUAAAUUGUCGAGCUCUCAUACGUGGUCAUGAAGCUAAUACAAGUGGUUUUGUAAAGGUAUUUAAUGGUCUUUGUUAUACGGUACAUUCAUCACCUGCAGCUGGUGACGAGUAUUAUGUUGCAGCUAUUUUAUUACUCGAUUUUGAUGACAGAACAAAACUUUUGACAGGUCAUGUAGUGUAUCAUUCUACAAAGGGAAAUUUGGAACAUUUGAGGGAAGAUUUGAGUGCAAAUUUUGAGGAAAUAAGACAUCUUUAUCCACUUGAUCCGACUGAUCCAACUAUGCCACAAUGCUGGUCAUGUAUGAAAUUUAUGGAAGGUGUAUCAGAAGCGAUUUUCAAGUGGCAACGAUGUCUUUCACAUUUUGAUUAUUACAUGAUAAUGAGAGAAUAUCGAAUUGGUGAACACAAUUUUCCUUUUGAGGAAGAUUUCUUUGCUGAAUUGGAUUCUAUAACUGAAGAAAAUUUGCAUGAAUUGUAUAGGAUUGCUGCACUUCAAUAUCCCAAAUUUCUCAAUAUAUUGAUAAGUGAAAAUUGUACGUUUGUAAAAAUAAAUAGUCAACAACUGAUGAUAGGAUCAGAAUGUUACAUACAGUAUUUUAUGAAACAUGUUGAAGAUUUGUUGAGUAUAAGUGGAACACAGCAGUUUGAGGAAGUACCAGAAUAUGAUUUCAAAUUCGUGUUACCUUCAUCCGAAAGAAGAUGGCCAUUUCUAGAAAUUCAUGAUUGA